AUGUUAGUUAGUCGUCAAAUUCUUCUUAACCCUUCGAGGUUACUGGUAAACGAAGUAGCCUUCCAAUCAACAAAGUCCACUCCAUUUGUUGAAAAUUCCAAAUUAGUGAAAAGCAGAGAGGUCAAAACACCGCCCAAGUAUCCGAGUUUCGCAAAAAGAAGGACAGGACAGAAAAUGAGCCAACAAUUCGAAUAUCUUCUAAUUCUUGACUUCGAAGCCACAUGUCAGGAAAACUCAAAAGGACCCAUUCUCCCAGUUCAAGAAAUCAUCGAAUUCCCUGUUGUCCAACUGUCAACAUCAGAUUGGAAAGAAAUUCGUCGUUUUCACCAAUAUGUUCGGCCUACGGAAUCUCCAAAACUCACUUCUUUUUGCACAUCGUUGACUGGAAUUAUUCAAGAAAUGGUUGAUGAGAAACCGACACUUUCGGGUGUGCUGGAAGAGUUUGAUAAGUGGUUGAAAGAAGAUUCUCGGUUGGAAAAUAAUAAUUUUGCAUUUAUUACAUGCGGAGAUUGGGAUUUGAAAGUUGCACUGCCGAAUGAGGCAAAGUUCAAGAAUAUUCCGAUUCCAGACUAUUUUCAUCAAUGGAUCAACGUAAAGAAAGCUUAUGCCGAGCAUACGAACGAUUUUGCAAGAGGGAUGAUGCAACUACUGAAAACCUACAAACUACAGCAUCAGGGUCGCCAUCACAGUGGAAUUGAUGACGUCGCGAACAUUUGUGAAGUUGUUCGAUGUCUGGGGAAAGACGGACACAACUACAGAAUCACAAGUAACGAUCAACCGUCAACAACAUCAUCAAAUCGGCGACGGUUCAGAGAAGCGGUGGCGCCGAAAAUGAAUAAAUAG